GAGGUUCCCGGGGACGUGGCAUGGGCCGCGGACGAGGUCGCGGCAGGGGACGAGGCGGGAGAGGCCCCGUCAGUCGCAGAGAUGCCUUCCAAUCCUCCCGAGUCGACGAGAUUGAAUCCGAAGGCUCUUCCGAAGGUGAGGAUGGCUCGGGGGACGAGUCCAUGGAGAACGACAUCGCCGACGAUCAACAGAUGGACGAGGGGUCGUCCAGCGACGAGGACGAGGAUCAGCAGAAGGGACGUUCCUACAACGAAUUGCUACAGCUCCUGAACGCAUCCACCGACUCCAAGGGCCCGGCUCGUAAGAAGAGAAAGGUCGACCAUCGAGACUCCGAGAAGAUUGCAGUUGUCGCGGACGAGGAGGAGGAGGAGGAGGUGCCCGAAGAGGACGACUUGGAACAGCAGGAACCUUCCGACGAAGAGGACAACGGCAAUGCCCCCGAGGAGGAUGCAGGAUUGCAAUUGGAUAGUGACGAUGAAGACGAUAAUGAUCCUUUCGACACACACUUUUCGAUCCCGAAGGAAGACGAGCUCACUCAGAAAAUCAAGGCCAUCGGGGAAAACAAAUGGAAGACCACUAAGAAGGAGCUUCCCGAGGAACUGAAGUUUGUGCGCUCGGUGCCGGAUACCGGCGACGAAGCGUCCUGGCUCCCCGCCAUGAAGAACAUCUCAAGCGCCAAGCUCAAACGGAAACUCAAAGCUCCUGCCGCGGAAAAUAUCCCUGAGAUCAGUGGCCAGGCCCAGCAGCUCGCCCCGUACAUCUUCGGCUACCAGGACGUGCUCUACGGAGCCCGGUCCACCUCCAACGUGGCCCAGAUGCGGGACCUGCUGGCUCUCCAUGCCACGAACCAUGUGCUCAAGACCCGCGACCGGGUGCUCAAGAACAACGCCCGCCUGGCCAAGGAGCAGGACGCCGACCUCGACGUCCGAGACCAGGGGUUCACUCGGCCCAAGGUCCUGUAUCUGCUGCCGACCAAGCAGGCGUGUGUGCGGGCGGUCGAGUCGAUCGCGCGCUUCUUCCAGCCCGAGCAACAGGAGAACAAGAAGCGCCUCACGGACACGUUCUCUUCCACCGACGACCAGUCGUGGGAGAACAAGCCGGAUGAUUUCCGGGACCUGUUCGGCGGGAACGACGACGACAUGUUCCGCCUGGGGCUGAAGUUCACCCGCAAGACGGUCAAGUACUUUGCGCAGUUCUACACCUCCGACAUGAUCCUCGCCAGUCCCUUGGGUCUGCGCACGAUCAUGGAUCAAGCCGAUGUGAAGAAGCGGGACCACGACUUCCUGUCGUCGAUCGAGGUGGUGAUCGUCGACCACGCCGAUGCCCUCCAGAUGCAGAACUGGGACCACGUUGACUACAUCCUCAAGCACCUCAACCUGCAGCCCCGGGAGGCGCACGGGUGCGACUUCAGCCGCGUGCGGACGUGGUACCUGGACAACAACGCGCGCUACAUGCGGCAGCUGAUCAUGCUGUCGUCGUUCGUCACGCCGGAGAUCAACUCGGUGUUCUCGGGGCACAUGCACAACGUGUCGGGCAGGGUCAAGGCGACGCCGAUCCACGCGGGGGCGAUCGGGGAGCUGCCCCUGCCGGUGUCGGUCAAGCAGACGUUCUCGCGCUUCGACUGCCUCUCGCCGGCGAAAGACCCGGACGCGCGGUUCAAGCACUUCACGACGACGGUGCUGUCGACGCUGGUGCGCGACAUCGCGUCGGGGCGCGGCAAGGCCAGCGGGGGCGGCACGCUGGUCUUCAUCCCGUCGUACCUGGACUUUGUGCGGGUGCGCAACUACUUCGCGACGUCGGCGCAGACGACCAACGUCUCGUUCGGGGCCAUCUCGGAGUACACGGAGAUGCGGGAGGCGACGCGGGCGCGCACGCACUUCAUGAACGGGCGGCAGUCGGUGCUGCUGUACUCGGAGCGCCUGCACCAUUUCCGGCGGUACCAGAUCCGCGGGGUCAAGCGCAUCAUCAUGUACGGGGUGCCGGAGAACCCGAGGUUCUACGGCGAGAUCGUGGGCUUCCUGGGGCUGGAUCCGGCGGCGGUGGUGGAGGCGGCGGAGGGAGGCGUGCGGGCAUUGUUCUCCAAGUGGGAUGCGCUGAAGCUGGAGCGCAUCGUCGGGACAAAGCGCGUGGGGAAUAUGUUGCGCGAGAAGGGAGGGGAUACCUUUACGUUUAUGUAGAGGGAUGAUGUAUAUAGUAGUUAGUAUAAUCCGUUGUGUAUAAAAAGACAUGUCUCAUCCACGGCUUUUCUUCGACUGAUUGUAUCCGCAGUGGCUACUCUGUAGAAUGGAAUGAUUAGGGCUCGGGGUUUGCGCACAGACUGCAUAGUUCAGUUACAGCUCCUGAUAGCCUGGGUAACUCCUGAUCAGCACCAUCUCGUAUAAAUUCCUUCCUUUUGCAGCCUGAGUGGUGCCUUGGAAGGUCACACGAGGGGGGCCGAUUAGUCAUCAGGCAUGCACUUCAGCCGAUCGUCGCCGGGACUAGUCCUAUUCCAGUCUGUC